AUGCGUGCUUUCAGCAGCAGCCGAGCCGUGCAGAACGAAAAGGACGAAGCUCCAUUACCAUCGAGCAGCGAGAUGAAAAGUGAAAGCACCUGGACCAACUCGAGCGAAAAGAGCCAAGGCCAGAUAUCGACAAGGUUGUUCGACAUGACCCGUGAGUUGCAAGACAGGGCCGAGCCACCAUUAACCAUCCAUUCCCAGUUCACGAAGAAUUUCAAGAGCGGGACUACAUACGAUCCCUUUGACUUUAAUAAUAAGAGAUUGAAGAUCGACCAAAAUGAGUUCCGUGCACAAUUGAAUAACCGUAAAAACAAGGUGGACCCAUUUCAAAGGGCCAAUAUUGAUCCUAGAGAUUUAUACACCAUGCCCGAUAUUUUAUCUAAGUUUUUAAGUACCACCGGUCAAAUUUUACCCAGAUCGGUCACCGGAUGCUCUCCCCAAAACCAAAAGAAGUUGGGGAUUGCCGUUAAGAGAGCCAGAAGUGUUGGCUUGUUAUCAUCUGUUCAUAAAAGUAUUGGUUUACCCGUUAGAAUCUUGUAA